AUGGAGGAUAGCUUGAAAGGAGGAGGUCCACUUCUUGCCUCUGGCCAAAUGUCAGGACCAAUCCCAGGCAAAACAUUUUUGUUGUGUGCUUUUCUUGCAAUCGCAUUAGCUGAAGAUGCAGUAGAAAAAAAGAAACCAGAAAAAAGAGGAAUCUUCGCUGGUGGACUUGGAACUGGUGGAUUAGGAUCUAGCUUAUAUACUGGAGGUUACGGAUAUGGUGGUAGCUACGGAAGCGGAUAUGGAUAUGGUGGUGGAUAUGGAUACGGAUCUGGACUUGGACUUGGUUAUGGAUCGGGAAUAGGAUUGGGUUCUAGCCUUGGAUCAGGUGUUGGUUUGAGUUCUGGCGUUGGGCUGGGCUCUGGAAUCGGAUUGGGAUCUGGAAUCGGUUUGGGGUCUGGAAUCGGACUGGGAUCUGGAAUCGGUUUAGGCUCAGGCAUUGGCUUGGGUUCUGGAAUUGGUUUGGGAUCUGGACUUGGAUAUGGUGGAGGAGUUAUAUCUCGCCAAGUCACAGUUCAUCACCAUGUUGGAGUCCCAGUGCCUCAGCCUGUUAGUGUGCCAGUAGACCGACCAGUUCCUGUUCCAGUAUCUCAUCCGGUCCCAGUUCCAGUCAAUAGGCCAGUACCAGUUCCAGUCAACCACCCAUACCCUGUUCCUGUAAACAGGCCUUAUCCAGUAACAGUCGAUAGGCCAGUGCCUGUUUCAGUUCCACAUCCAGUUACAGUUUCAGUACCAAGACCUGUUCCAGUUCCAGUACCAUCUCCAGUCCCUGUACCUGUUGUAAAUAAUGUUCCUGUUCCAGUACCACAGGCAGUACCUGUCUCAGUUGGAGCUGCUCCGAUUGCAGUUGGUUCCGGCAUUGGCCUUGGUUCCGGCAUUGGCCUUGGUUCCGGCAUCGGCCUUGGUUCCGGUAUUGGUCUAGGCUCUGGAAUCGGCCUUGGUUCCGGCUAUGGUCUCGGCUCCGGCUAUGGAUUAGGGUCUGGAGUCAUCUCUGGAGGAUCCAGCUUGUACGGCGGAGGCCUGUACAGCAGCGGACUCUACGGCGGUGGUGUUAGUUCAGGACAUUAUGGCAGCGGCUUCAGCUCUGGGCUCUAUGCAGGUGGCGUCAGCUCCGGGCUGGGAAGUUCUUUCCUCGCACACAAAGCUGCCGCUCACGCUGCUUUGGGGCACUAGUCAAAUAUUUACUGCAUUUAUCAAAAACUUUGGGUCGAUACCCAAGUAGUUCGAAUUCACCACGUUAUUCACCAUCAUGAAAGAGAACGUUGACUUUUUCAUUGUAAAUAUCAUUUUUUGUUAUUUUUUUGUAAUAAAUGUUCGUUUUUUAAAUUAUCGACCUUUAUUUUCCCAGAAAUUUCUGUAAAUCUGCACACUGUGUAUUUUGUAAUAAAACUUUU